AUGGCAGCAGUUGAUGUGGCCCGCGGACGGGACCAGCUGCUGAGUGACGAUAAUCUGCUUCGUCAACUACCGCCCGAUCUAUUGGAAGUUAUUCGCAGCCAGACCCCCGCCAACUUUCUCGACGCCGUUGCGGCGGCCGCGCUGAUUCCCCAAGCAACCGGCCGCAUAUUCGUCUACUUCGAGGAUGUGAUCGCCGACCUUUGCGCCAGAUGGCUGCUAAGGCCCCGAGACGUAAACGACCGGGACUCCAUCAUCGCUUCUUUUGCGAGAAUACUCCCGUUUGCGCCCUACCUCUCCGUUUUCCUAGAACAGCACCUAAGAGAAACCUCACUCGCACUGGACCCCGGAUCGACGCGCCCCAGGAUCGACUCGCUAAAUUCCCCCCAGGCGGCCCAUGCGACUUCGGACGGACAUUUGCUAUCCACCCUACUAGCAUUCUGGAGGCUCCUCAAUUUUAACAGGCGGGCCUUUCGCCAAUUAGUCGAGCCCUCUCUAUUGCAGGCUCUAUUCAAGCACCCUCAUGCGCCUGUGAGAUAUCUUGCCAUCAGGGCAUUCUGCCGCCAGCUAGGAGUUUCCGAUGCCAAGUUGGAAGCGCUCAUCCGCGAGCAUAUUAGAGACGGCGAGUCGCUGGAGGCGAGCUUUGACGGAGUGACCAUCGAUUACACCUUUCUCUCCCUAGUUGAGCGUCGACGCGCGAUAGACUUGGACGUAUUUCGUCAAGAAACGCGAGCUGGUUUAGAAGGCUCCGAUCCAGGACGAUUCCCUCUCCAGAGUUUAACUAAGCUGGUCACUCGGUACAACGCGACGCUUCUUCCCCGACCGAGCGGCGAGCCGAGCCUGCCGCCUCGUCUGGUGCACACCUCAACGACUCUAGAGAACCUGGAGAACCUUGCACACAAUCUCCAAAAGCCAGGGCCCGUACUCCUACAUGGCCUACCCGGGUCCGGAAAGACCUCCAUUGUUCAUGAACUGGCCCGCGAGCUUGGCGCGGAGUCAAGCUUAGUUACGCUACACCUUAACGAACAAACUGAUGCGAAAAUGCUCGUUGGUCUGUAUUCUUCAGGCUCGAAGCCCGGCUCCUUUUCCUGGCGCCCCGGCGUCCUCACCACCGCUGUCCGCGAAGGACGGUGGGUUCUAAUCGAGGAUCUAGACCGGGCUCCUAACGAGGUGAUGAGCAUGUUAUUGCCGCUAGUGGAACAUGGCAGGUUGUUUAUUCCCAGCCGUGGGGAGACGGUCGAGGCUGCAAGUGGUUUCCGACUGUUUGCGACGGUUAGAACCACUCGCGGGAUGAAUGGCCAAGAGAGCCUCCCUAGUAUGCUAGGCCAGCGAUUCUGGCACCUGUCCAGUGUAAAAGUCCCUCCUCCUGCUGAGCUGGAGCAGAUCGUCGUGGGGAAUUAUCCUCUAUUGCACAAAUAUACACCAAUGAUCAUGUCGGUUUAUAGGCGACUAAGCAACUUAUCCGGUGUCUCCUCUGUGACUCAUGCUGGUCGAAGCGCCGUAGAACGCACGAUAACUCCCCGGGACGUCCUGAAGUGGUGCCGUCGGCUAAGGGAGACCUUGGUAGCUUCGGGCUGCAAGACAGGCGACGAGCCUAUCAGCGAGACAACAAGAGAUUGGAUGUUUAUGGACGCGGUUGACUGUUUCUGUGGGAGUCUUCCCCAGCCAGAGGCAAAAGCUGUGCUUGUCAACUGCAUAGCAGAGGAGGUGCAGCUCCCGAAGCAACUUGUGGACCAUUACAUCAAAACCCGUGUCCCGCCAUUGGAGGAGAGCCCUGGUAAUUUCAAGGUCGGAAGAGUUAUGUUGACCAGAAGAAAACACACCAACAGGGUCGCCAAGCCAAAAAGGCCGUUUGCAAGCACUAGCCACUCGAGGAGGCUGCUUGAGCAGAUAUCGAUGGCCGUCAAGCUCCGCGAGCCGGUGCUUCUCGUGGGCGAGACUGGUAUUGGCAAGACGACUGUUAUCCAGCAACUCGCCGAAUCGCUCGGCCGCAAGUUUGUGGCUGUGAAUUUGUCGCAGCAGAGCGAGGCUGGAGACCUUCUAGGAGGCUUCAAGCCCGUGAACGCGCGGAGCCUCGCUAUCCCCUUGAAAGAGGAGUUCGAAGACCUGUUCACCGCUACCGGGAUUUCCGCGUCCAAGAACCAGAAAUAUCUUGAGCAAAUUGGGAAAUGCACCGCGAGAGGCCAAUGGACCAGAGUGUCGAAGUUGUGGCAAGAAGCGCCGAAGAUGUUCAACAAGAUUGUUGGCGACCUUCAAAGUCAAGCCGAUGCUCGCAACGGACCCGACCCGGAGGGCCGACCAGCCGUUAAGCGACGUAAAGUAGAAUCGAAACUGCAGUCGCUUCUCGACUUGAAACCGCGCUGGGAGGCCUUUGCUAGGAGCCUUGAGCAAUUCGAUAUUCAAAUUUCGGGAGGGUCAGGCAGCUUCGCUUUCGCCUUCGUUGAAGGCAACAUCGUCAAAGCCGCUAGGAAUGGAGAUUGGGUACUGCUAGACGAGAUUAAUCUCGCAUCGCCGGACACGCUAGAGAGUAUAGCCGACCUCCUUGCUUCUGGGCCAAAUGAUGAGCCGUCAAUCCUAUUAUCCGAGACUGGGGAUAUUGAACGAGUCAAGGCCCACCCGGAUUUCCGCAUCUUCGGUGCCAUGAACCCGGCCACAGAUAUCGGGAAACGUGAUCUUCCUCUCGGGCUACGGUCGCGCUUCACGGAGUUUUAUGUUGGCAGCCCGGACAAGGACUUGAAAGAUCUUCUCACCAUCAUCAAAGCCUACCUGAGCGGGAGAAGCGCCAAGGAUGAGCAGGCCGCUGACGAUAUCGCGAGGCUCUACAUGAACACGAAGACGCGUGCGGAGGAGAAACGUCUGGUCGAUGGUGCCAAUGAAGUGCCCCAUUUCAGUUUACGAACACUCACGCGUGUAUUGAGCUACGUAAACGACGUUUCCCCGUUUUAUGGACUCCGGAGAGCCUUAUUCGAGGGGUUCUCGAUGGGGUUUCUGACACUAUUAGACAGAGCGUCUGAAGAGACACUGGUGCCGUUGAUCCACCACCACCUCCUCGACCGACACGGUGGAGCCAAGUCUUUACUCUCACAGCCACCGAGACACCCUGAUGACGGAAGACGAUACGUGAAGUUCAUGAACAAGAACAAGGAUCGCCAGUACUGGCUGCUGCAAGGGGAGGAAGCGCCCAUUGAACGAACCGACUACAUCAUCACCUCUUAUAUAGAGCGUAACCUAUUAAAUUUAGUACGAGCCACUUCGACGAGACGCUUUCCGAUACUCAUCCAAGGUCCUACAUCGGCGGGCAAGACAAGCAUGAUUGAGUAUCUCGCGAAUUUUAGCGGCAACAAGUUCGUGCGAAUAAACAAUCACGAACACACAGAUCUUCAAGAAUAUCUAGGGACGUACGUCUCUGAUUCUGACGGCAAGCUGCGGUUUCAAGAAGGGUUGCUAGUACAGGCACUCCGACAGGGCCAUUGGAUCGUGCUUGACGAACUCAAUCUCGCUCCAACUGAUGUCUUAGAAGCCCUCAACCGUCUACUUGACGACAAUCGCGAAUUGCUCAUACCCGAGACCCAAGAGGUGGUGCGCCCACACGAGAACUUCAUGCUAUUUGCGACUCAGAACCCCCCUGGAUUGUAUGGAGGCCGAAAAGUCCUGUCUCGCGCAUUUCGCAACAGAUUCCUCGAGCUUCAUUUUGACGAUAUCCCCGAAGAUGAACUCGAAAUCAUCCUCCAGAAGCGCAGCUUAUACACCGCUCCUUCCGACUGCAAGAGGAUCGUGAGCGUGUACAAGGAACUUUCGAGGCUACGCCAGACGAGUCGGCUCUUUGAAAACAAGGACAGCUUUGCGACGUUACGAGACCUCUUUAGAUGGGCGCUGAGAGGCGCGGAAACUCGAGAAGAGAUCGCAGCCAACGGUUUCAUGCUUCUUGCCGAGCGUGUGCGGAACGAAGAAGAGCGUAUGGCCGUUAAGAAAGUGAUUGAGGCCGUAUUCAGAGUCAAAAUCGACCAAGAUCAGCUUUAUGAUAUACGAAAUUCGCCGUACCUCAAAGCUCUGCCCGCUCAUAACAGCCAGGGAGUUGUCUGGACCCGGACCAUGCGUCGCCUGUACGUUCUAGUUGCGAGCGCGAUUCGUCACAACGAGCCUGUUCUCCUGGUAGGGGAUACUGGCUGCGGCAAGACCACUGUUUGCCAACUCUUGGCGGAAUCGCUUGGCAAAGAACUUCACAUCGUCAAUGCUCACCAGAACACUGAGACCGGAGACCUCAUCGGGUCCCAGAGGCCAAUUAGAAACCGAGGCGCCGUAUUAGACACAUUAACCCAAGAUCUUAUCGAUGCCCUAGAGCGGCUUGGCCAUACAACUGAAGGCGACGCGGAAAAGUUGCUAGAGAAGUAUCAUUCCCUAGAUAGUUCGACUCUAUCUGUAGUGCCGGUAGAGCUGCGAAGAAGAAUUUCCGAUAACGAGACCAAGAGCAAGGCUCUCUUCGAGUGGGCGGACGGGAGUUUAGUUCAUGCUAUGCGGAAUGGCCAAUUUUUCCUUCUCGACGAAAUAUCGCUGGCGGACGAUUCCGUACUGGAGAGACUCAACUCUGUUCUCGAACCCCAGCGCUCGCUACUCCUUGCAGAGAAGGGCAUCAGCGACUCAUUCGUCCAGGCCUCCGAGGGUUUCCAAUUUUUAGCGACGAUGAACCCCGGAGGGGACUUCGGCAAGAAAGAGCUUUCGCCGGCAUUGCGGAAUCGAUUUACUGAAAUCUGGGUCUCACCUCUGUCAGAGAAUGAAGAUGUACUGCAAAUCGUCUCCUCCAAGCUCCAGCCCGCACUUCGGUCAUUCUCUCGGGUCAUCGUUGAUUUCUCUUAUUGGUUUGGCGCCAACUUCAGGUCUACCGCCUCAACAGCCUUCUCCAUCCGGGAUAUUUUGGUUUGGGCUAAAUUUGUCGACGAGAGUCAACUUCAGGAUCCGGUCUCCGCCGUUAUUCAUGGCGCCGCGACCGUGUUCAUCGAUACUCUUGGCGCGAACCCGUCUGCACUGAUCGCCCUUGACCCGAAGGACUUGGAUGCGCAACGACAGAGAUGCUUAGACAAGCUGAGUGAGCUUCUUCAUUGUGAUGCAACUGUAGUUUAUCGAGCGCCGCUACAAUUAGCCGUCAAAGCUCACGAGCUUCAAAUCGGGGACUUCUCUAUUAGUCGUACUGCCAAUGAGAGCUUUGAGACGGGAUUUGCCUUACAUGCGCCUACAACGAAGCUCAAUGCUAUGAGAAUUAUUCGCGCGCUCCAGGUUCAGAAGCCCAUUCUAUUAGAAGGUAGCCCAGGCGUAGGGAAGACCACGCUCGUCAGCGCAUUGUCUCGCGCAUGCGGACGGCCUCUGACGAGAAUCAACCUUUCGGACCAGACUGACCUCAUGGACCUCUUCGGAACCGAUGUGCCCGUCGAGGGAGCGGAUGCAGGGCACUUCGCUUGGAGAGACGCACCGUUCCUCCGCGCUAUGCAGAACGGGGAAUGGGUACUCCUCGACGAGAUGAAUCUGGCGUCGCAGUCCGUCCUAGAAGGUCUCAAUGCCUGUUUGGACCAUCGAGGAGAAGUAUACGUUUCGGAGCUCGACCAAGUCUUUAAACGACAUCCCGACUUUCGUCUAUUUGCCGCGCAGAACCCGCACCAUCAGGGUGGCGGGAGAAAAGGAUUGCCGAGUUCCUUCGUCAAUCGCUUCAUAGUCGUGUACGCGGACGUAUUCAGCGAAGAGGAUCUCUUGUUGAUCGCCCAACACAACUUCCCUGCGGUCCCCGCAGAGACAGUUAGACGGAUUAUCAACUUCAUAUCCGACCUCGAAAAGCGCAUCCUUAUCGAGAGGACCUUCGGUUCCCAAGGCAGUCCGUGGGAGUUUAAUCUUCGCGAUACGUUACGUUGGCUACACCUACUCACGUCACCAGAUCUGCUACUUGGUACCGGCACGGUCGACGACUUUUUGAGCAUAGCGAUUCGACAGCGUUUUCGAUCGAAGAAGGAUAGACUCGAGGUUGACAGGCUUUUCGCGGAAGUCUUCGGGGCACCGCCGAGAUCCCACCAACUGUAUCAUGGGAUGAGCUCCCUAUCACUCCAAGUCGGCCUGGCGCUGAUGCAGCGAAAUCAACUUACCCAACCGUCGGACUUUCCUAGUAUGGACAUCGUCCCUCGCCUUAUGGAAAUAGAGUCUCUCAUGAUCUGCAUCAAGCAGAACAUUCCGUGUAUCCUUGUCGGACCAUCAGGCAGUGGGAAGUCAAUGCUCCUACAGCAUGUCGCGGCGUCGGCUGGGAAAGAGCUAAUAACGUUCCCUUUGAAUGCUGACAUAGACACUAUGGAUCUCGUGGGAGGAUUUGAACAAUCGGAUCCCUUGCGUGAGAUAAACACGGCCCUCCAGGCAUUGCAAGAAGCAUUACAAGUGUCUACGAUGGAUGCUCUGGUUGGAGGCGUCCCGGGGCCGGCGGCCGACCUGUUAAAUAUUCUUGACUCAAUGAAGGACCCAACUGACGGCCGUGGAGACCUUUUGGUCUGCAUUGAAAAGCUUCGAGGUCAGAUCUCAAUCGAUUCGGGGCUAGGUGCCAUGCUCUCGAGUGUUCAGGCACUUCUUCAACGGCCUACGACCAUUUCAAACCCGAGAUUUGAGUGGCUGGAUGGCGUUAUCGUCCAAGCGCUCCAGAAGGGACAUUGGCUUGUGCUCGACAAUGCAAACCUCUGCAGCGCAUCCGUCCUUGACCGAUUGAACUCUUUGCUCGAGCUAGAUGGCCAUCUAAUCAUCAAUGAGCAUUGCGGUCCGGAUGGCGAACCCCGAGUUAUCAAGCCGCAUCCUGACUUUAGGGUGUUCUUAACUGUCGACCCUCGGUACGGAGAACUCUCGCGAGCAAUGAGGAAUCGUGCGAUUGAGAUCUACGUCGAACCACACAAUGCAGCUCCCACACCCUGGCGAAGUCGAGUUACUGAAGUUGAGUCGAGUCUACAGAGAUUCCAAUUGAUGUCCUCGGUGAUAUCAUUCGAUGCCGUCAACGAGACGAAGACAGCUUCUGUGGCCGUUGAUUGUCUAUCGUUUAGCGACUUGCCUCUACUCGAAAGAUAUUUCAACUGUAUUAACUCUGUGCCAGCACCGCUACAGAGGAAGGCCGCCCCGCUUGCUCUCAACCGUUUACUGAUCGACUCCUUUAUCAAAUCGCCGAUCACGACUGAUAUUCAAAACUCGAUCCGGAAAUUAUACACGGCGUUGCCUAAUGAUGCCGCUCCUAGUCUUGGGUGCAUACUGCCACGGCAUCCCUUGCAAAAUUCGGUGGUGGUUCCACUACUGCAAGGACAGUCUGUGGAUAUUCCUUUUUGGUUAGGAAGUUGUUACGAUCUUCACAGGGAAAUCAUUGAGGCGUGGUCAUCUAUGGAGACACAGAAGUCUCUAGCUCAUGGUGUUCAGUUGUCGCAGCUGAAUCGCCUCCAGCGAUCCUAUGCUCUCGGUACUAUUGCGGCCGUCUCAAAAGAUUCUACCGUCGGCGCGUCCAAGUUUCUUGCUGGUGUUUUGGAAGCGAUUCAUUCAUACAUGGCCUCCCAGCUUUCUAAUCCCGACUCCUGGAAGGACCAAAAACGCCUCUGUCGAGACAUCAUUCACUUCUGGUGGAGGACGUUUCGGUAUCUCACCAGCCCUAUUUUCGAAGAAGCGCCCUUCCAAGCCCAUCUAGGCCAUAUAUCGACUGUGCUAUCUAGCCACAUGUCCCGACUUGACGGCCAGACACGCGAGCUUGCCUCACUCGUCCUAAGAGGAAUGGAUGAGUGCUUUACGUCUGGGUUCAAAUUGACGACGGGCCUCAGCAUAGAUAUCUUCUGGAAAGUAUUUAGACCUACCCCGAUCGGAAAUGAAUCGCUUCUCUCCCACGUUCGCCGUAUGGAACAACUAGCUUCGCAGUUUGAUUCGAUCAAAUGGCGGGCUGAAGCAACGCCAGCGGAUCUUUCUGAGGUCAUGGUCUCGUUUGAUAAAGCAUAUGGGCUCAUUAGACAGGGUGAAUCUGACGCAGAGGGCCUUCUAAAGGUCCUGGAGUCCGAGAUUGACAAAUUAUCUAGUAAACUUGCUGAUGGUGGCGCCCCGAUUCCCCCUUUUAUGGCUGCCGAGUUUGAGUCUAUACGACAGAUGGUUAUGCUUGAUUGCAUGUCGCGCCAAGUCAGCCUCCCACGGGCGUUUAAGGAAACAAUGCUGCUAUCCAACCUGCCGCUCACCACGAGGCUGCGCAUAAAUAGCGCCUCCGACACCUCAAAGUGCCUGCUAUCGAUCGAGAAUCUAGUUGAGGAGAAUAGUACUCACCACCACUGGGAUGAAAACGUAUCGGCCGAAAUCCUAUCGAAGAUUAGAGCAAUUGGUUCAACAAAUCUUGCUUGUCUGGCUUUACUCGAAGCAGAAUUGCCAAUUUUAGCGGCACAGAUAUGCACCAACACGGGGGCAAUUGGAGGCGACCACCUAAGCGGGCUCAGCGAUAUUCUCUGGCGCCUCAUGAUGGACGUGGUGGCCAACUACGACGCAUCCCUGAUGGCCAUAUUCGCCUCUGCUCGAGAGGCUGGGACAGCACUACGCGAAUCAGUGGGAUUUAGCAGACAAGGCCUAUCUUUCAAUAUCGGGGCCAUUCUACCAGACGCGGUGAUCCUCGAUACCAAAUGCAAUUCCGGAAUAACUACUGGCCAUUUAGUUCCCGCUCUCGUAUCUUUGAAGGCUGCGGAAGAUGGUGAGGCACGACGUGUUUACCUUGCGAACGCCUGGAUUCAAUUUUCCUUGGCGCUCAUCAAGCUCUUCGUCCCAGACAAGGCGUAUGAUCCACAACUGCGUCCUCAGAUCGAGUUACAAAGCCAUCGCGAGCUUGCUUCUACUCUGCAAAAUGAACUCCGAUCCCUGCGGGAUUUUGAGGAAUUCUGGACUGGUCAGUCUACAAAUCUGCGAUGCGAACUAUUAGAGGAAGAAAUCGAAUCUCUUGGACCUCCCCCUAGUGCAGUUCAGGUUGUAUAUCGCCCCUUACAAUCCGAGAUACCCAAAAUCCAAACCGAGUUCAAUAGUCUCCUGAAAGUCGUUUUCGAAUCAGAUAUUAGCUUGAUCCUAUUCCAGCAUUGCUCCGGUUCAGAGACCGCCACGCAACAAUUAUAUGUCAUUUACGAAAACCUAUCAAGGAUUGCCCUCCGCCUGAAGCAGCAGUUCCGUGCAUACGAGGAUAUUACUUUGCCAGUUGUGAAUAUGAUUUACUGCCUGCAACUCGGCAUUUAUCUGGGACAACAGGCUGGCAUACGAGUACGGGACGGUGAGCUCUCUUCAGGGACACUAAUAAGACUUGCGCCUUUCCUCGGGGGGAAGCUCGAUGUUUCCCUUGAGCGAUCAGCGCUAUCCUCUCAUAACCUCGAGGUUCUUCAUUACGCUGCUAUGGUUGUCUCCGUAGAAGGGUCGGCUGGACUUGAUAGAGUCAAAGAAGACGCCUUCCAAGCAAUCCACGCCUUGUACGAUCAAUGGGUCCAGAAGCUUGACGCGGAUCAAAAAGCCGAGGCGGCCAAAAGAAGCUGGUAUCGUUAUCGAGGCGGCUUGAAUGAAGAAGAGGCAGCGAAACAGGAAGAAUUCGACGAGUUGUUCCCAAGCUUUAACACAGAUAACGAGCUUGAUCAAGCGCCAAAGCCCCAAGUCAGCGAUGCUCGGGCGUUGGCUAUUAAGUUGACGCGAAUUCAUCAGAAUAUUUUCCUCGUACCGCGAGACCCAUCAGAAAGUAUCACGAACGUCACUGCACUUCUCGCGCAGCAGUUAUCGGAAAGGGAAAACGUAUCACGCGUUGUCACGGACCGGAGUAUGCUUCCUUCUGUGAUAUUAGCACUAGACAAGAUGUUACAAGGAAUCAACUCGGAGACCAACCCAGCAGACUAUAACUUCUACACCGACGGCAACCUUCUUGAGGCUCGGAAGAUUACUAGUCUGGUCAACUCUAUUCGAACCCGCUUCCGCCAACUUCAACAGGUCGACGAGAUUGGCCACCUACAACCCUUGACCGAUGUUGUAUCGUCUUGCGAGAAAACUCUCAAUUUGGGUCAUUCCGACCCGCUGGCUAAGAUAAUACCGAAAGUAGAGCAGCUCCAUGCCUUCGUUUACGAAUGGCAGUUUGGCGGUUGGGCAAGCAAGACGUACGGAGUUUUGCCACUCUACAACCAAUUAACAAGUCUUCUCAUUAGCUGGCGACGGCUGGAGCUCGCGACAUGGGGAAGGCUGUUCGAUAUGGAGGUCAAGAAGAGCAAUGAAGAUGCGAGUUCAUGGUGGUUCAUUGCUUACCAAGCUAUCAUAGCCGUGCCAUUAACCUUGGCUCAGGAGGGAGGGGAUCUUUCCCUACAUGCCUCCGGCCUCCUCAAGGAAUUGGAAGCGUAUUUCUCCUCCGCGGCUGUUGGGCAAUUCGUCGGUCGACUCAACCUGCUUAGGCAAUUAUGCAAGCAACUGGAAUCUCUCGCAACGGAUUACCCUUCGAUAUCUGUUGUGCGCGAUAGCCUUCAGCACUUCGUCAAAUAUUAUUCUCGAUACACGAAAGCUGUUGAGGACUCGAUUCGUGCUGGUAGAGCUCCUCUUGAGAAACAGAUGAAAGAUAUACUCCUGUUAGCAAGCUGGAAAGACACAAAUAUUGCCGCGUUGCGAGAAAGCGCCCGGAAAUCUCACCAAAAGCUUUUCAGGAUCGUACGAAAAUUUCGAGAUGCCUUAAAUCGGCCGAUGCAGGCCAUAAUUGAAGGUGGUUUGCCAGACGAAACACACAACGAUGUAACAGCCAUCGAAUUGCCAACGCAGUCAGUGGCUAUCGACUACGCCUCCAUCGAAUGGUGUUCUAGAAACCUCCCGCGCUGGACCGAGGACUACCGGAGAUUGGCCAAUGCGCGGAGAACGGUUGAUAUCAUGUGCAAGCUGGGUCGUAUCCCCGAAUUCUCUAUAAAUGCUGGGGAAGCUAUUGAGUCGUUCCUGUCCAACAUCGAGUCGUCGGCUCUCGAGCUUCGCAGAGAGACUCCCCGGAUCCUUAACGACGAAAAUAAGGCUCUGGUAAAGCACCUGAAGUCACGCAAGCGGGGGCUAUUUGCGGAGACACUGAAAGAAGCCAGACGAAUGGGAGUGCAAUAUAACCUGAGCACGGAUAUCCUGUCUCGCCAAGGUGCGCUCUCGACAAUCCUCGCUACCUCGGAGACGUUUGAAUCCUAUACUUCCACCGACCUAGAGGGUACCGAGUACUAUUUCCACAAGAUGCUUGAUCUCGCGCCUCGAGUGCGAGCCGCCUCCCAAGACCACUCUGAUGACUUGACCAUGGCGGAAGUUGAUAGAAGUAUCGGGCUCCUCGAGGGUAUACUUUACAUCACGUUGGGUCAGAGGCGUGAGUUGGCCGGAGCACUCAAGCAACACAAUGCACUGUCGAACGGCUUGAAGAGGGUUCGGACUAUUGGCACACUGAAAGACGGCAGAGUGGUCAAGCCUAAGGUGGUGUGCGGAAAUCACGAGAGAGCUUCUAUAUGGCUUGUCGAAAUCAUCAAGGUCGGCAUACAUCUAAUCGAAAUUCACACCAAGCUUGGAAACAUCGACAGUAAAGAGGUUCUCGAUUUCCUCGGCAACUGGCUAGAGAGAAUGUCUGCUUUAUCCGCCAAAUGGAAAUCGAUCCCCAUUCUUCCACGUGGGGUCGCCUUAUCCGAAAUAUUAGAUCUAGAGGACGCCGUCAAGUCAUCCUUCGCUGAAUUCCGGGACGCUCUAAGUGCUGCGAGUCAAAUGUGGCCUGGUUUGGCAUUCCUGCUCGAGCAAAUUCAACUUUGGACGUUUAUUGAUGAACAGCCAUAUACGCCGAACCUGCCUACCAACCAGAUCGAUCUCCUGAUUGACGCCACGAAAAGUCUCUGCGACGGGAUUCUGGUGACUAUCGAGCAAUUUAAUAAAGAAGUGACCAGGCUGCCCGCUUCCCACGAAGAAUCAGGUUGGUUGAUGAAACACAGCGGGGUCAUGACAGCCUCUUUACGAGCACUACGUAUGGACAAAGUUGAACGGAGCAUAGAAGAGACUUUAGACUUAUUCGCGCGGAUCGACUUAGCUGACGACGUUGUCAAUAAAACUUCCACUGCUUUGAUGGCUGUUGUGGCUCCGAUUAUCGAACAAUAUGAGGCCACCUGCGCUCACUCAAUCGCAUCCUUUGCUGAUGCCCACAGGAGCGCUUGCAAGCUCGGGUAUAGGCUGAGUACAAGCUUCACCCAACUCGCGUCGCAGGGGUUUUGCACACCCAAGGAGAAGUCCGAGGAGGAAUCAGGUGAGAACGGGCAAUUGGAGAGUGGCACUGGUCUUGGAGAGGGAGAAGGCGCGGAGGAUAUAAGUAAGGAUAUCCAGCCAGACGAGGACCUAUCCGAAUUAGCAAAAGAGGGGAAUAAAGAGUCUGAGAAAGAGAUGGAGAACGAAAAGGAUGCAGUAGAUAUGGCUGACCAAGAGCUAGAGGGUGAUAUGGAGAGCAUAGAUGGUGAAGAGGAGGAGAAAGAAUCGAAAUCUGGCGAUGAGGAUGAGAAUGAUGGCGAGCUGGACGAAGAGGCUGGCGAAGUCGAUGACCUGGAUCCGUCGGCUGUCGACGAGAAGAUGUGGGAUGGAGAAAACGAAGAGGAGGCGGAAAAGUCGCAGGAAGGGGAGAAUACGAAGGGGCAAAAGAAAGAUGACGAGCAAGUAGCCGCCGACACGCGACGCGAUACCCAGGACGCCGAUGCCGGAGAAGAUGGCGAUGAGGGCGACCAAGACCUUGAGGAGAACCCCGAUGCCGAAGAAGACGAAGAAGUCAGGCAACAAGAUGAAGCCGAUAGGCAGGAUCAAAAUGUCGAGGAACAGGAUACCCUGGCAUUGCCCGAUGACAUGAAUAUCGAUGGCGACGAUAACGAGUCGGUGUCCUCUAUGAGUGACGAUGAUAUUGAUAAGCUUUCCGACGUUGAAGAAAAGAGGGAUGAGAAACGGAUGAGUGACCGGGAAAGCGAGAAUGGUGAAGAGGAAGAGACGGAGAUCGCGCCCGCGAAUGUCGACGAUGACGACGAGAAAUUGAACGAGUCUGCUGAAAAUGAAGAGCAAUCGAAGGCUGAAGAAGACGACGAGGCAGACGAAAAGCCCGACGGGUCGCCAGAGGACCACGAGAAGACGCAAAUACCCUCUUCUGAUGAGAUCAACGCGAGCAGCGAGGACGUUGCGCCAAGUGACAUGAAGAAUGGUGGACAGGAUCAGGACUCCGAUCAGAGAGAAGAUGCGAACGACGCGCAGAAUAACGCUACGCAGCAGGAUGGGCAGAUGGGCGAGAACGCUGCCGAUCAGGACACGUCGAUUGGCAAGAAAGGCGACGUCUCGGAGGCCCAAAACCAGCCUUCCCAGACCGAACCGGAUGGUAGUGUAGAUUCAUCCGCCCAUCAGCCUUUUAAGGCACUGGGAGAUGCCCUCGAAAAGUGGCACAGACGUCAGCAGGAUAUCAAAGAAGCCCGAGAGCAAGAUUCCCGAGAUGCGGAAACAAAUGUCGACGAAUCAGCUAUCCAGGAAUAUCAACAUAUCCAAAACGACGACUCCGCCCCAGAUACUCAGGCCAUGGGAACCUCCAACGAAGAGCAGAGGCAGCUGAUUGACGAGUCGAUGGCAAUUGACGACGAGGAACAACCCCCGAAUGGCGAGAUCCCCCCCGGAGAGGAGGCUGAGCCAGAAAUCGUCGACGAGGACAAAAUGGACGUCUCGGAACCUCAUGACUCCCAAAGCCAACAGGAAGCGCAGCAAGAAGAGAAGCCUACCGGGGUUUCGACGCGACGGGGGGCGUAUGACCGCGAUCCAGCGCCCCCAGAAAGUGGUACACCGCCUUCGAAGGAAGAGGAAGAGGAAGAGGAAGAGGAAGAGGAAGAGGGACGGAUCCGGGAGACCUCUACGCAGUUGUCAACUACCCAUCUCUCAGAGUCGAACCUUGAGCUCCGAGACUUCGGGGAAUCCAUGCAACAAUGGACCUCGUUCCAGAGCAAAACACACUCGCUCUCACUCGCUCUUACCUCUCAAUUGCGGCUCAUCCUGACGCCGUCCCAAUCCACGAAGCUAUCGGGGUCCUACCGAACGGGCAAGCGUCUCAACAUCAAGCGCAUCAUCCCGUACAUCGCCUCCAGCUACAAGAGGGACAAGAUAUGGAUGCGCAGGGCGGUCCCGACAAAGCGCUCCUACCAGAUCCUGCUCUGCGUCGACGACAGCAAGAGCAUGGGCGAGUCGAGCGCCGGCACGCUCGCGCUGGAGUCGCUCGUCAUGGUCUCGCGGGCGCUGACAAUGCUCGAGGCCGGGCAGAUCGGCAUCCUCGGCUUCGGGGCGGACGUGUUCGCGGCGCACGAGCUGGGCGAGCCGUUCGCGUCGCACGACGCGGGCGCCAAGGCGCUGCAGCGGUUCGCCUUCGGCCAGGACCGCACCGACGUCGAGCUGCUGGUGCGGCAGACCAUCGCGCGGUUCCGCGCCGCGCGCCGCCCGCAGGCCGGCCGCGCGUCCGACGGCGGCGGCGACGACCUCUGGCAGCUCGCGCUCGUCCUGUCGGACGGCCUCACGCCCUCGGCCGCCCACGAGCGCAUACGCCUGCUCCUGCGCGAGGCGGCCGAGGAGCGCAUCAUGCUCGUCUUCAUCAUCAUGGACGACACCACGUCGAGGUCGGGCACGAACGGCGAGCACCACCAGCCGCAGAGCGUCGUGAACCUCAAGAAGGUGCGCUUCCUGGGUAACGAGGAGAUCAAGACCGAGUACUAUCUCGACACGUUCCCCUUCCAAUACUACCUCAUCGUGCACAAUCUGGAGGACCUGCCCGGCGCUCUGGCGGGGCUGCUGAGGACCUGGUUCGCCGAGGUCAACUCCUGAGGUGCUGGGGGGUUUCCUUCUUCUUCUUCUUCUUUCUCAGUCAUAUGUAUUGGCGUUGAUUGGUUCUCGCACGUAGGCCGGAGUCUUGUUUCCUCGCCUAGUUACUUUAGAUACAUGUUUCGUGAUUG